AUGUAUAGGAAGUAUGAAUCUGGCCAUGAAAAGCGAAAGAAGAAGCGAAGACUAGAAGCAGCUGCUCAGUCUCAGAAGGGCGCUCUUGACAGAUUUGUUGUGAAAGAAUCUCGGUUCAGUCCUGAGAAUCGAACUCCAAAUGUUGAUCCUGCAGAUGAUCGUCAUGGUGAUGAUGCUAACAUUGGAUUGCAAGUCGAGGCUCAGAAUGCUGAAAUGGUUCAAGGUGAUCGUGCUAGUAUUGCCAUUAUUGCUGAUGAAGUUAGUGGCCAUACUGAUGUAGUUAAUUCCAGCCUGGACACAUCACCAAGUAUCGAAGGUGACAGCAUCGGCAUCGAUAAUGAUUUGCAGGCGGAUAUAUUUGAUCCAAGAACUUGGGAUGCGCUUGAUUCUAAAAUGGUUGAUAUGUUGGUGCAGAAGGGUCCUAAAAGAGACAUGUCCAUUGAGAAAGGUCCCAAAGACAAAUUCUCCAGAAGGUUUUCUGCAUCAUCAUACACUAGAGUUCUUUCCAACGGAGAAAAGUGUGACAGAGAAUGGCUUGUGUACAGCAAGGAGCUUGAUAGAGUUACAGAAGAAUCAAACGAUUGA